AUGGAAAACUCAGAUUCCAACGAUAAAGGAAGUAGUGAUCAGUCUGCCGCACAACGCAGAAGUCAGAUGGACCAAUUGGAUCGGGAAGAAGCUUUCUAUCAAUUUGUAAAUAACCUGAGUGAAGAAGAGUAUAGACUUAUGAGGGAUAACAAUUUGCUAGUCACCCCAGGUGAAAGUACUGAAGAUGAGUUGUUGAGAAGAUUACAACAAAUUAAAGCGGGACCUCCACCACCACAAAACCCAGAUGAAAAUAGAGGUGGAGACUCUUCAGAUGAUGUCUCUAAUGGUGACUCUAUAAUAAACUGGCUUAACUCUGUCAGACAAACUGGAAAUACAACAAGAAGUGGACAGAGAGGAAGCCAAUCUUGGAGAGCAGUGAGCCGGACUAAUCCAAACAGUGGUGAUUUCAGAUUCAGUUUAGAGAUAAGUGUUAACCGUAAUAGUGGGAACCAAAAUCCAGAGAACAAAAAUGAGCCAUCUUUAAGACAUUCUAGUGGAGAAAAUAUGGAAAACAUUACCCAAAGGCAACUGGAAAAUCCACGGUCUGAAUUGACAUCUCUAAGGCCAUCUAGAUUAGAACGAAAUUCAACUGAAGCAUUAAUGGCAGAAGUCCCACCUACUAGAGGUCAGAGAAGGGCGAGAAGCAGAAGCCCAGACCAUCGAAGAACCAGAGCAAGGGCUGAAAGAAGUAGAUCACCCCUGCAAUCAAUGAGUGAAAUUCCACGAAGAUCUCAUCAUAAUAUCUCAUCUCAGACUUUUGAACAUCCUUUGUUAAAUGAAGCUGAGGGAAGUUCUAGAACCAGACACCAUGUGACAUUGAGACAGCAAAUAACUGGACAGGAGUUGCUGAGCAGGGGUCUCUUUCCAGCUUCUGGAACAAGAAAUGGUUCCCAAGGUACAGGUUCUUCAGAUACAACUGGCAGUCGUGAAUCUACAGGAUCAGGACAGAGACCACCAACAAUAGUUCUUGAUCUUCAAGUAAGAAGAGUUCGUUCCGGAGAAAAUCGGCAGAGAGAUAGCAUAGCUAGCAGAACUCGAUCAAGGUCUCAGACACCAAACAACACUGUCACUUAUGAAAGUGAACGAGGAGGUUUUAGGCAUACAUUUUCACGUUCUGAGCAAGCAGGUGUAAGAACCUAUGUCAGUGCCAUCAGAAUUCCUAUUCGUAGAAUUUCAAAUACUGGGUUAAGUGAAACUACAUCUGUUGCCAUUCAGACCAUGCUAAGGCAGAUAAUGGCAGGUUUUGGUGAAUUAAGCUACUUUAUGUAUAGUGAUAGUGAUUCAGAAACUAGUGGCUCUGUCCCAAGUCGAAAUGUAGAAAGGACAGAGUCACAGGAUGGACGAAGAGGGGGUUCUGGUGGUGGGAGCAGUUCUAGUUCAAGUUUCAGUACUAGGCUUAGUUCUACUUUCCAUGGUGAAAGUUCAGAAAGUAGUUCAGAUGUGUUUGAAGGCAGUAAUGAAGGAAGCUCAUCAUCAGGUGCCAGACGAGAGGGUCGGCAUAGGGCUCCAGUAACAUUUGAUGAAAGUGGUUCUUUGCCUUUCCUUAGUCUGGCUCAAUUUUUCCUCUUAAAUGAGGAUGAUGAUGACCAACCUAGAGGACUCACCAAAGAACAAAUUGACAACUUGGCAAUGAGAAGUUUUGGUGAAAAUGAUGCAUUGAAAACUUGCAGUGUUUGUAUUACAGACCAUACCGAAAGCAACAAACUCCAUAAACUACCUUGUUCUCAUGAAUACUAUGUUCACUGCAUUGAUCGCUGGUUAUCUGAGAAUUCUACCUGUCCUAUAUAUCGCAGAGCAGUCUUAGCUUCUGGUAACAGAGAAAGUGUUGUGUAA